CAGCUCUCUCCCCUGCUCAGUCUCUGCACACUGUCCUCCCCGGAGACUCUGAGCUUUUCUGGAUCCUCCCCAGCGACAGGAUCUGUCCUUCAUGACAAUGACCUGUAACUUCUCAAAGGUUACAAGUGCAGGGGCGCCUGGGUGGCUCAGUCGGUUGAGCGUCGGACUUCGGCUCAGGUCAUGAUCUUGCGGUCCGUGAGUUCGAGCCCCGCAUCGGGCUGUGUGCUGACAGCUGAGCCUGGAGCCUGCUUCAGAUUCUGUGUCUCCCUCUCUCUCUGCCCCUCCCUCGCUCAUACUCUGUCUCUCUCUGUCACACACACACACACACACACGCACACACACACACAAAUUACAAGUGCAUAUUGAGUUUCUAGCCUAUGACCACCACUUUUUGAGGCAACACAGUUGUGAGCAAGACAAACAAGGAAAUUUCAUAGAGAGAAAAAAAGACCAAGGAAAAGGAAACAUGUGAACAAUAUAAUGUCAGCGUGUAGUGAGUGCCAUGAAAUUAAUAAGCACUGCCACAGGAUGGAGAGAGCACUCAAUGGGGUGUGAGAGUGGCUUUUUAAAAGGAAGUUGUCAAGAAAGGACUCUGAGGAAAGAUUUUGAGCUGAGAUGUAAAAGUUGAGACUCAGUAAUUAAAUUGGAAUUCUAUUAUAUUUAGAUUUCAACUUGGGGAGGAUUAGAAUUUUUAUGUUAUUAAAUUCUUCCCAGCUAAGAACAUGGUACUUCUUUCCAUUUUUUUGUAUCUUGACUGAUCUUCUUCCAUCCAAGUUUCUAGGUUUCUUCCUAUAGGUCUUACACUUUCUUGUUGCACUUAGGAGUUUUGCUAUUGCCCCUGUGAAAUUUUCCCGUUUCUACUUCUAGCUUGUUUUUGCUAGCAUGGAGAAAAUCUGUCAUAUAGAUCUUUCAUCCAGCCUCCUUUAUAUCAUCUUUCUGUAUCCUCAGAUGUUCCCACCACCCGGGCGUUUGCUUCACACUCAGUAGUAUCUGUUCAUUGAAUGACUGCUGUCCAUUGGAACUGGCAAUGCCUGAAGGCAGACCUCCCCUUUGAAGGGGGAGGAAGAAGCUUUGCGCUUACCUAGGAGAUGAGGGGGUGCAACUUGAUGUAAUCGAAGUUGGGAAAAUGCAUGGAAGCAACCAGAGUGGAGUCUCCGAGUUCCUGCUCCUGGGGAUCUCGGAGAGUCCUGAGCAGCAGCGGAUCCUAUUCUGGAUGUUCCUGUCCAUGUACCUGGUCACAGUGGUGGGAAAUGUGCUCAUCAUCCUGGCCAUCAGCUUUGACCCCCACUUGCACACUCCCAUGUACUUCUUCCUGGCCAACCUCUCCUUCACCGACCUCUUCUUCGUCACCAACACAAUCCCCAAGAUGCUGGUGAGCCUUCAGUCUCAGAACAAAGCCAUCUCCUAUGCAGGGUGUCUGACGCAGCUCUACUUCCUCGUCUCCUUGGUGGCCCUGGACAACCUCAUCCUGGCCACAAUGGCAUAUGACCGCUAUGUGGCCAUCUGCCGCCCCCUCCAUUACACCACGGCCAUGAGCCCUGGACUCUGCAUUUUGCUCCUCACCUUGUGUUGGGCACUUUCUGUCCUCUAUGGCCUCACCCACACCCUCCUCAUGACCAGGGUGACCUUCUGUGGUUCCCGGGAGAUCCACUACAUCUUCUGUGAGAUGUAUGUCCUGCUGAGGCUCGCGUGUUCUAACACCCAAGUCAAUCACAUGGUGCUGAUUGCCACAGGCUGCUUUAUCUUCCUUACCCCCUUAGGAUUCGUGAUCAUGUCCUAUGUCCAGAUUGUCAGAACUAUUCUCCAAAUACCCUCAGUGACUGGGAAGUACAAAGCCUUCUCCACCUGUGCCUCACAUUUGGCUGUGGUCUCCCUCUUCUAUGGGACACUUGGUAUGGUAUAUCUGCAGCCCCUCCAAACUUACUCCAUGAAGGACUCAGUAGCCACAGUGAUGUAUGCUGUGGUGACCCCCAUGAUGAACCCUUUCAUCUACAGCCUGAGGAACAAGGACAUGCAUGGGGCUCUGGGAAGACUGCUCCUAGGGAAAGCCUUCCAGAGGUUGACAUGAGGUAAUUUGGGGCAUUGAAGUGGAGACUGGGAAUUUCCUCUACCAUGUGCAAAGCAUUAUCCUAUGGGGGACACAUAAGUGAGUGGGACAUAGCUCCAUCUCAGAAUAAGCUCAUAUAUCUGUGAUGAAGAAAAGACACCUACAUGUAACCCAGAGUUCCCCAGACCUCACCAGCCUUGGCAAUAAAUAAGGUUAUGCUAACAUGAAUACUAGAAUUUUGCAGGAUCCUGACCAUAGGAUCACAGGGCCACCCUCCCAGCCUUUCAAAAUAUGCCCAGUUAUGGCCUGGGGAGGGGUGGGUCUCUGGUUUUCUCUAGCACACAUCCACUCAUGGUUCUGAGCUCUGGCCCUCUCUAAGGGGCCUGAUGCCUAUAAGCCACUUGGAGAAGAAGACUUGUACCACUCUGUGGCAGAUGCACUGGGUAGGUUGUCCAUUUCCAGCUCUGCUGGCCAUAGCUCUUACUGCUUUAGCGCUAACCCAUAUUCUCUCUGGACACAGACCCUACUGUUCAGGCAAAGCUUGCAGACAAGUGCUUCUCCUCCGCUCUGGGUUGGUUUUCAUCUCUUGGGCUUCAAAGCAAGAGUUGACUGUGUUUCUCCUGCUUUCCUUUUCCCUGUGGGAAGACCUUAACCUUGGGCAGUCCAUCCUGUCCUUUGUUAUUGUGGCUCCUCACUCCAUUGCCUGUCCCAUCUCUCCUGCUUGCUACCACUCUAUCCUUCACUCAGAAUAAAGCUCCCCAGCUUAUCAACACAUGCAUGAACAGGAAUGGCGGUGGAGGCAGUAGAAGGCAGGAGGGAACUGUAAGACUCAAUCUCUACUUAGGCUCCAGCCAUGUAAAAUGCAAUGAAUGGAAACUGAGUAGCAACUGGUAAGUCACUGAACUGUGGCAGUUCCAAAGAAGGAGCAAUCCUUUGCAGAUGAAUCAGUGGAGCCAGAUCAGAUUUUGACAGAUGAGGAAAUGAAUUGAUUUGAGGUUCAAUUCAUUUAACUGAUAAUGAUUGAGUGCCUCUUAGGGGACUCAAACUGGGUUACAAACAUGAACCAGGAGUUCACAACAGACGGGAAGAAGAAUAUUUUAAUGCGAUGGCUGAUGGCAGUGGUCAUGCUCUGCGUAGGAGGGUUGAGGGGCACGGAGGAUGAAAGCCUAGCUUGGCUUGUUAGGGAGGAGGAUUCAGGGAAGGCUUCCUUAGGGGGUUGACAGCUGGCCUGAGACUUAAGUAAUGCCAUGUUAAGAGCUACCCAGGGAAAGCGGGACAAAGUAAGAUCAUUGUGACAGAGGAGGGGAAUGGUGUGGACGGGAGUCUUGCUAUCUGCUCAGCCAGCCAGCACUCUCGUCCCAGCCUUACCUAUACCUGUGUGGUCAUGGAAGUCACCUCACCUGGCUAAGCCUUGUGUUCUCAUCUUUUUGUUGAGUACGACAGCAUCAUGUCACUCAGAGGGUAGCCGUGAGGAAAAUGAGAUAAUGUGCAAAAGCCCUUAGAGGAAUGCCUGGCCCAUAGCCAGUGCAGUUGUUAUUAAGCAAGAACAGGUGGACAAAGACAGAGAGGCAGGAAACAGCCUGACAGGUGAGGGGAACGUCCUAGCCGAGUGUCCCGGGUGAACAAGCAGCCGCCAGUGGGAGGGACUUCAGAUGGCCUCAAAUGCCUUGUAGAGGAGCUUGAAAUGAGUCUGCAGACAAUGAGGUACCAUGGGAUGUUUGUUAGUUUUAACUUUUAUUGUUUUUAUUAAACCAACAAUGUACACUUCUGGCAGAAAUAUUAAAAUCAAAAUAAACCCCAAAUAAUUACCUGUAUUUCUACUGCCCCAAACAGCUAUUUGGUAUAAAUUCAAUUUGGUAUAAAUUCUAAACUUUGACCUCUGGUAAUUAUACAUAAUCAUAUUUUUUUCCGAAUAAAUUCAAAUUGUCUUGAAACUUGCUUUUUCACUUAAUAAUACAUUUCUAUGUCAGUAAAUAUUCAGCUGCAUUACCACUUACUGCCUAUGCAGCCUUUCAGUGGGUGAUUUAAUGAAGACAGCAGAAUUCAUUUAACACUGUUGUUCAAUAUUUAGUUGCUUUCAUUUCUCCUCUUGUUUGCAACAUGGCAGUAAGUGUCUCGUCUGUACCUCUUUGUUCCCUUCUCUGAUUGUUUCCUUAGGGGAAAUUGGUGAAACGGAAUUGCCAGGGCCAAAUGCUUUAUUGUUCAGAGUCUUUGACAUAUUUCCUGAAUCACCUUCCACAAAAGUCAUAAUGACCUGGACUUUCACAAAGAGGGGUCACAAGGUCUUGUUUCUAUUUUGUUUGUAUUUAUGGGCCUUGUGGGAUCUGGGAAGGAGAGGAAGCGCCUGAACUUUUAAGUACAACCUGCAAAAGCAAAAGCAACAUUGUGCUCCUUUGGCAACAUUGUUCUACAAAAGUGGACAAGGUUCCUGGUGAGUUCAGCUUCUGACCUGUCACUGUCAGCCAAGCUGUGCCCGUGAGAAAAAAAAGCCUCUCUGCCUUUUGACCAUCUGACAAUCCAGGGGAAGGCACUGGAAGGCAGGCACUGGCCACAAGCAGGCUGCUGCAGUGGGUGCAUCACUCCCUCCCUGCCUGGUAGGAUGGUGUCCCUCAGGAGCCAAAGUUCUUGUCCACAACAAAUCACUUUUUUCUUGAUCAUCUGGAAGGGAUGACAUCCAGACCAUAGGAGUAUCUGCCUUGGACACAUUUAGCAGGAGGGGGAGGGGCAGCUGGUGCUUCUGUUUUCUUCUUUGCCUCUUCACCCCAAUAAAAAUAUCUUUGAUUUAAAAUCCUGAGCGUUAAGAGUGCUUACUUUGGCCUUUUGAGCUGUGGCCGAUUGUGAGAAGCUAUUAGUACCACAGGACCUGUAGGCAUUUUCCCCAGAGUCUAGUUAAAAGGCCUGGGACGUAAACUCUGAUUAUACAGAAGUUCCCCUUCAGUGUGGUUUUGCUUUCUGUGGUUCCUGGUACCCACGGUCGAAGCAGAUGAUACUCCUCCUGACCUCAAAAGGUCAAUAGUCUCCUAAUACUAGGUCACAAUGUCUAUGUCGUUCACCUCACUUCAUUUCAUCGCGUAGGCGUUUUAUCAUCUCACAUCAUGGGGGGGGCAGAGUACAGUUCAAUAAGAUACUUUGAGCGAAAGACCACAUUCACAUAAUUUUUGUCACGGUUUAUCAUUAUAAUUGCCCUAUUUUAUUAUUAUUUAUUAUAAUUGUCUUAUUUAUUAUUGUUGUUAAUCUCUUACUGUACUUAAUUUAUGAAUUACACGUUAUCAUAGGUAUGUAUGUGUAGGGGAAAAACAGGGUAUACAGAAGGUUCAGUACUGAUGAAAUUAUGAAGUGGGCUUUGUGAGUAAAUGCUAAGAAAGAAUUCUUGAGACG